AGUGCGAGGUUAAGCGUUGUGUUUCUGACGUCUUAGUAAUCCUAUUUACUCUUGUUAUUUCUUCAUUCUGUGAUCUACUGGCACCUGCUGGCACUUGCUGGCACCUGCUGGGCACUGUCAUAGCCUCAGAGAUAAGCUUUAUUGACCUGGCAUCAACGUGAGCUGUAUUUCACUGACGUCAAAUGAACCAGUAUGGGAGAAAAAGGGUUGUCUCGACCUCUGUACAUGGCAAAAUCUGUUCAAGAGUUAAACACUAAUGUUCAGGAAAUUCCAAAAGCUUCACCCAAGUUAUUGGUAAACACUGCUAAGCGAGUUCUGAAUGAGGCAGAUUCUCUAGACAGAAUUAAAGAUGAAGAAAAAGCCUAUGUCCUCUACAUGAGAUAUUUCUCAAUUGUUCUGACAAUACAGAAUCAUGACGAUUAUAAGAAAAAUAAAAAGUACUAUGAUGGCCUCUUAGAUCCCAAGACAACUGUCAAAGUGAUUACCAGAGCAGAAGAAUUACAGGAGAGUCUUAAUCGCAGGUAUGAAUUUGCAAGUAGUGCACUGAAGGCGGAGAAGUUAGAAUUGGAAAAAAGAGCACUAGAGAAGCUUGAGCAAGCAGAAAAAGAAAAACAGACCAAGAAAGUAGCACAGACAGCCAAAUCAACAACUCCUUCAAUGACCAAUGGCUUGGUGGAAGAGGAAGGAUUUAUAGCAUGCUCUAGACUCUACUCACUGAUGAAGGAGAAGUGUUCCACGUACUUUAUCCUCGAUACCAGACCCAGGGAAGACUUCUCAGCAUCCCAGAUGACCUUACCAAAUGUUAUUAAUAUAUCGGAAGAAAUGCUAAAUCCAGGGUUAACAGCUGGGAGGAUUGGAAGUGAGCUUGAUGAUCCAGCGUGUAGUCUUUGGAUAAAAUUACGUCAUUCAGUAGAUUAUUUGAUAUUGGUGGACUGGGAAACAGAUAGCUUACCUCUACCAGCCCCACUCAAGACACUUGUAGAUGCCAUGGUGAAGUGGGACCCAGGAAAACAGUAUAAGAGCAGUCCAUGGGUGCUACAAGGAGGCUACGAAAUGUGGCAGCUGAUGUAUCCCAUAUACACUACUAAUCCCCGAGCAGAGCAUCGCAACCGAGCAACAGUAAAAUUCCAGGAGCCAGUAUCCUUGAAUUUUGAGUACCCUGACCUGGAUAAAGCAUUUUUGAUUACUCCGUCUCCAAGUCCCCAGAAGCCCCAGGUUGUUCCGCCAGAUACCAGACCAGCCGUUUCACCAUCAUUUAAACGAGCUACAAAACCAGUGGUUACUGAGGAACUCAUGGAUAGCAAGAAUAACAACAAAAAUAGCAAUAUAGAUAGUUCACAAGUGUAUAAUAAUGUGUCUACAGCAGAAGGCAGCCCAUUUAAGGUAGCAGUGGAUUCCAAAGUGAAUAAUUGGGAUGUUAAAGACUCCAAUAAAGCUGUCGAUUACCAGAAGACCAGAAAGGUAAUUCACUUUGCAGACAAAGUAGAUAACAUACCAUCUAUACCAAGCAGAUCUUUGAAACCUAGAGAACUGCUAGCAAAUUUGACAGCAAAGAAAAUGGAAAUGGACAAAGAACAGGAGAUUCUCGAGGAGUCGAUGAAAGUUGAAGAGGACACUCUUAAAAAGAUCGAGGAAAUGGAAGCAACGACAACAAAGAGAGAAACGGCUCAUGAUGAACAGAGCCGAGCUCAGUUACAGCAGACAGAAGACAGACUUCAGGAAGAGAUUAACAAGCUUCAGGCAAAAAGUUCAGAAAUGGAAGAGCGAUACAACAAAAUUCACAAGCAGAAUGAAGAACUGUGGAGGAUGGUGAACCUGGCUCUCUCUGGUCAACUGAAUAACCUCAACCUGGGACCCUCGGUACAAUCAGAGCUUGAUGCUGAAGCUCCUCUCCAGAAAGAAGGCAAGAACAUCUAAAAAAAACGGGAAAGAAAAGGGGAGGACCCUCAAGAACAAGUAGAGCGUAUAAAGAGGGGAAAGCAAAGGGAAAAAGAAACUGGGGAGCGGGCAAAAAAGGGAAAAUUGCUUUUGAAUGAACAGAAAGAAAAGAGAGGCUGAAAUAGAAGGCGAAAACUAGAGGAACGGAGAUCAAGAGUAGAUGCGGAAACCCGGUCUAGCAGGGCAAAAGGCACUACUGGAGACACCUACAUGACCAAAUUGAGAGGUUCUCCUCGCUCGUCACCAAUUCGAGGUGGCUCAAAUCUCAAGCGAUCUCAUUCUGCAUUCAAUCUAUCUCAGCUUGAGGACGAUGAUGAUAAAAUGGUUUCUGGGACUGCAAUGCCAAACUUUGACCGAGGCCUCAAACCAUUAGGUGUCCCACAACGAAGAAAUAUCAAUGCUGCUCGACAGAGAAAUUUUGAACCAAAAUAUGGACGUGUGCUCCCUGCAAGAACUGGAUUGAAAAAUUUUGGAAAUACCUGUUAUAUGAACUCCAUCAUACAGUGCCUCAACAACACCACACCACUUGUCAAGUACUUCAUAGAAGGCACUUACAGCAGUGACAUCAACCCUAAUAGCAAAUGUCGUGGAGAAAUAGCAGAAGAAUUGGGAGCCGCUGUCAACGCCCUUUGGAGUGGGCAGUAUCGAUCUAUAGCUAUGCGAGAUCUUAAGAGUGUUGUGGGCCACUAUCACAAACCAUUUCAGGGCUAUGAUCAGCAAGAUUCUCAUGAGUUUCUGAUCAAACUAAUGGAUUGGUUGCACGAAGAUUUAAACAAGGUUACUGGUAAGAAGCCACCUAUGAAGGAGCAGAACUAUGAUAAUCUCCCUGACUAUGCUGCUGCAGAGAAGAGAAUAGAAGAGAUAAGAUGUCAAGACCAGUCCAUUAUUUAUUAUCUUUUCCACGGUCUCCACCGUUCCGUUAUAGUGUGUGGUACUUGUUAUCAUCGCUCCCUCACCUUUGAACCGUUCUCCAUACUCUCAUUAUCAUUCCCUUCGUCAAGCAGAUGUUCACUUAGAGAUAUGCUUCAUCACUUCUAUAAAGAAACAAAUAUUGAAUACAAGUGCUCCAAAUGUAAGAAGAUGCGCAACUGCACUCGCAAGCUUGACAUAUGGAAAUUACCACCAAUAUUGAUCUUGCAUCUAAACAGGUUUGAACAUGAUGUUUUGAUGAAGAAACAGCAGAACUUUGUUGACUUUCCUCUGGAUAAUUUGGAUCUCAGUAAGCACUGUGGUAUAAAUAACAGGUACACCAAGUAUGAUCUUUAUGGAGUAUCUAACCACUACGGUACUAUGGAUGGCGGUCACUACACAGCAUUCUGCAAAUCAUCUCACAAUAAACAGUGGUACAAAUUUGAUGACCAUGAAGUUUAUGAUAUCUCACGAGACACUGUUAAGUCCUCGGCAGCUUAUUUGUUGUUUUACGAAGCAAGCAAUAUGAAUAUUAAGGUCAGCAGCUGUAUGUGAGAAAAGUGCAUACUGUAUAUAUAUAAAUAUAUACAUUCCAGGUUUGUCCCAAGAGUGUACACACCAAUUUGUACUUGCCAGUUUGUGUUGGCAUUGAUUGAGUUUCAUAUCAUGAUUCUGCCUCUUAAGCUAGGUUGGGUGGCAUUACUGGUUCCUGGCCUCUUAGGCAUGUUAUACCUGUUUGUGAAAUGUGUUAAGAGUUUGCCUUCACCACUUCCUCAUCCUGCUCAUUCCAUUAUUUUCCCAUGCAUUCUGUAUCCCCAUGGUUUGAACAUUAAAAUGGUAUAAAAUACCGACAGGUUGUAAUCCCCAUGGUUUAAAUUUUCUGCUGUAAUCAUUUAGCCCAGUAAUUAAUAACUACUUUUUUCUGUUUGUUAUUGUGUUGUUUCUGAUUUAUUUUGGGGGGUUCUCUGUUGUUUGGUGGCAGGAUAUAAAUGACAGCUGUGGAGACCCUGGGAUAACCUGUAGUAAGUUGAACCAAAUAUAUAAUUUGUAAAACUGUUACAGUCUAGAAUUUGCAUUUCUUCAAUUUUUACCUAUUUUGUAAUAAGGCUUGCUACUCCGUUACCUUUUUCUCCUUCCUCUUCAUGUAGUAACCUACAAGAAAGUUACAUCCAUAGUUGUCUUAGGUUAUCUAUCAUAUCUAUGUAUACAUUACUUUGUUGAAUGUUUCUGCUUGACCAGGAUAUGUCUGAUUUUGAAUGAGUACAGAGACCCUAUGGGGGUGUUGGAACUCGAGAAAUUGAUGGGACUUGCAGAUAUGUUAAGUUGGGGUUGAUGGUGUCCUGUAGAGGAACUUAGUGUAUAUGAUGAUGUGGUUCAGUGAAGCUGGGGUGGUAUAUAUUUAAGCAUAAUUUGACUAGGGAGAAGCUUGGGGGAUGCAUUGAGGGAGUCAGUAAUUGGGUAUUGUAUUGAACAUUAAUUGUUGUAAGAGAUUGUAAAUUGUAUAGAGUGAAAUAUGGAAAUCAUAUAGUGUAGAUGAAUGAAGAAUCUAGGAAAAAGUUGGUAUGAGAUAAGGGAAGGAAGAGUUAGUAAUGAAGGAGAGUUUAGCCUUGAGUGUGUAGUUAAGGGUGCACUUAGGUGCUAUAGAUAUAGUGAAAUGGGGUUGGAGUUAUCUGCAAUGAUUCUCAGAAUGCUUUUUUAGUGAUGUGUGAGAGUUCAUGGGAGGUAACACGUAGGAAAAAGUGCAUUUGCCUCAGUAUAAUUGGAGAAAUUGAUUUGCAGUGUUAAUGUGUAGGGGCAUUAUGGGAAAUUGUUAAUGGAUGGGAGUUAGUGAUAGUUAACUAUUGUUGGAGAAAGGGGAUUUAUUGUGAAUGCUGUCUGUGUACAUGUUGUGAAUGUGUGGGUGGGGUAAUUGAGCCACUUAGUUUGUCCUGUUAUGAUCCUUGGGGUUGAACGAUGGGCUUCUGCUUUAAAGAGGACAGGACGGAUAUUUCCUCUGUUUACACAUAUAUGAACGGUAAUUUUACGUAAAAGCAGGUUUUAUGUAGCAAUAAAUAAUGUCCAUAGGUUAACAAAAGAAUCUGAAACAUUCUUCGUUGAUUUUUUUUAUUGGGUAAUUAUAUCAUGAGGAAGUAGAAUAUUUCCUCUAAGCCAUGCAUGUAUGUCGUAAGAGGUGACUAAAAUGCUGGAAACAAGUAGUCAGUAACUCUUGUAUAAAUUACCAUGUAAAAAAAAAAAAAUCUUUCAUGACCUAAAAAGAAAACUUUAGUUUUUCUUUUUAGGUCACCCUACGUUUGGUGGGAGAUGGCCGGUGCAUUAAAAAAAGAAAAUCUCAUUCAGUAUCUUAACCUCAUUUAGUAUGAACACACUUUGUAAUGCAAGAGGUGGGACUUGGAGAUAUACCACUGUUCAAGCCUUAUGUUAUCAGUGGUUAUUUCAGGUGGAAUGGUUUGUGAAUAAAAUGAAACACUUAACCUAGUAUGGACCAUUCAUGCUGUGUACGUCAAUGAUUUGCUUGAAAAAGGUUGUAAAUUAAGUGAAAAGUUGUCACAUAUAAAGAUUCCAUGCUGCAGUAAAGUGUGUUAUUUUAUUCCAGUUUCUGUUUAUCAGUAUACAUCUUAGGCAAAUAUUGUAUAUACUAGUCUAUAUAACUUAUUCAAUAAAUACUGUAUAUACUAUAGUAAAUAUUAUUGUAACUUAAUAGAUGACUGUUAACUGUAAGUAACCAUUUAUAGUAUUUGGAUGCAAGAAGAAAGUAUAUUUUAUAUUUAUCAAAGUUACUUUUAUUCAUAAAUGCCAGAACAUAUUUUAACAUGUGCUUCCAUUUUUGUAUAUAAGGUUUAAUUGCUUCUCAUCACAUUUCAAUAUUUGUAUCUUCACUUGCUUUUUGAGAUGAAUGUGCAUACAGGAUAACUUAAUCUAGAAUUUCUUCACUUUAAAAAUGGAUUAUCUAUCUAAUUAAGCACACAAAAUAGUAAACAGAUAGCAGAUGUACUGUAAAUAAUUUUAUGUUCAAACAGUAUUUUAAUAAUGACAAUUGCUAGAAAAGGGAGCAAGGGGCUAGUAACCCCUUCUCCUGUAUUCAUUACUAAAUUUAAAAGGUGAAACUUUCGUUUUUCCUUUUGGGCCACCCUGCCUCGGUGGGAUACGGUACGUCGAAAGAAAAGAAUUGCUAGAAAAGGAAAAUGUAGUUGUAUUCUGAACAGCCAUUGUGAAAUGAUGUGUGCUUAUAUAUCACAGACCUGGUCAGUAAAGUGGUAAUGGCUAUGUAGGCUUGUGGACUGCUGGCAGCAACAGCCUGCUUGACUAAGCAGUCAAUAAAGAAGUCAGACAUGAGGCCACCUGGUUUGCAAGGAUAGAAGAGCUUUCGAAAUCAGUUGCAGGUACAACACAGUGUAUGGAUAUUAAAGUUUAGAAUUCCACAAGGACUGCAGUACAGUGGGACUCGACUUAUGAGUUUAAUCAGUUCUGUGACCAAGCUCAUAACUCAAUUUGCUUGUAUAUCAAAUAAAUUUUCUUCAUUUAAAUUAAUUGAAAUACCAUUAAUCCAUUCCAGCAGAAUUCCUGCUCUCUUGAGGCAGGACAAAAAUACUUCAAUAUGACACUAAUAUCAACUCUACGGCUUAUUUAUCUAUCACAAUUCAUCUCAUAUGACAUAAACAGUAUAAUUAACGUUGAAACAUGAUAUAUACUCUAGAAUGAAUACAAUAGACCAUAAUAUGGAGAGUGGUGGUGGCGGUGUCCAUUCCCUCUCCCGCUCUGACCAUAUCUUCUCAUGCUCUUAUUGUAAGAGAAAAUAGAGUGUUUGUGAGGCUAACUGCACUAAUCACUAGUUUCAUAAGGAAAACACUGAAUGCAUGUAUAAAUAAGAAAUAUUGUAUAAAAGCAUAAUAGAGAAUGUAAAAAAGUGGUUUUAUAAAGUGUACAUACGCUAGUGAAGGUGGAGAGUGGAAGAUAGGCUACUUGCCACUAGCUCGUACUGCCACCCGCACACCUCGCUUGUUUAUCUAUGAUUUCAUGCUGUAAUUCCAUGGACAUCAUUCUCUUUUUUUCCUCAGCACUGUCCUUUGCACUUGCUUUCUUAUGACCCAUGGUUAGAAAAAAGAAAUUUGGCAGUAAUAACACGAGAAAUGCUUCCACAGCGACAUAUACACAUGCACAGCUCUGCUGAUGUUGUGGCGUUUGCUGCAACACCUAGCGGCGGUCUUCUGAAGCUCACUCAUUAUUAUUAUAAUAAUAGUAAUUAUUAAAGGUAGUAGGUUGGUAGACAGCAACCAUCCAGGGAGGUACUACUGUCCUGCCAAGUGAGUGUAAAACAAAAGCCUGUAAUUGUUUUACAUGAUGGUAGGAUUGCUGGUGUCCAUUUUUCUGUCUCAUAAACAUGCAAGGUUUCAGGUACACCCCAUCUUACUACUUCUACUUACACUUAGGUCACACUACACAUACAUGUACAAGCAUAUAUAUACACACCCCUCUGGGUUUUCUUCCAUUUUUCUUACUAGUUCUUGUUCUUGUUCAUUUCCUCUUACCUCCAUGGGGAAGUGAAACAGAAUUCUUCCUCCGUAAGCCAUGCGUGUUGUAAGAGGCGACUAAAAUGCCAGGAGCAAGGGUCUAGUAACCCCUUCUCCUGUAUAUAUUACUAAAUUUAAAAGGAGAAGCUUUUGUUUUUCCUUUUGGGCCACCCCGCCUCGGUGGGAUACGGCCGGUGUGUUGAAAGAAAGAAAAAAGUAGGUUGGUAGACAGCAACCAUCCAGGGAGGCACUACCAUCCUGCCAAGUGAGUGUAAAACGAAAGCCUGUAAUUGUUUUACGUGAUGGUAGGAUUGCUGGUGUCUUUUGUCUGUCUCAUAAAUAUGCAAGAUUACAGGUACGUCUUGCUGCUCCUACUUACACUUAGGUCACACUACACAUACGUGUACAAGCAUAUAUAUAUAUAUAUAUAUAUAUACACACCCCUCUGGGUUUUCUGCUAUUUUCUUUCUAGUUCUUGUUCUUGUUUAUUUCCUCUUAUCUCCAUGGGGAAGUGGAACAGAAUUCUUCCUCCAUAAGCCAUGCGUGUUGUAAGAGCGACUAAAAUGCUGGGAACAAGGGGCUAGUAACCCCUUCUCCUGUAUAUAUUACUAAAUGUGCAAGGAGAAACUUUCGUUUCUCCUUUUGGGCCACCCCGCCUCGGUGGGAUACGGCCAGUGUGUUGAAAGAAAGAAAUAGUAAUA